AGAUCGUUGACGAAAAAAGAGUGACCUUGGAAACUACAAGAGCAACUCCACAAGAGCGGACAGGAUUUGCAUGUAUUGCAUGUAUGUAACUGGGAUUUAUACAAUGACAAGGUACACCAUGAUUGCAUUGCUUGUGUUGUGUACGCUGUGGCAAACUGCAUGGACUACCAUGACCUUUGGUGAAAUGUCAGACACAGACCCUGAGAUUCUGAGUGUGAGCAUCCCAUCGGAGAAGCCCGUGCGUGUGUUGAUGGGCGGCACACUGGUCCUGCCCUGCUACUUCCAGGACAACACCCCGCAUGACCCCGGCGCCCCCCCCAUUGCCCCGCUCUCCCACCGCAUCAAGUGGACCCACGUCACCAAGGACAAGGUCACCAACGUCCUGGUAGCCUCGGAGGGCGUGAUUAGGGUAGCGGACGAGUACCUGGAUAGGGUCACCAUGGUGGGCUACCCCAUGACCCCUACGGACGCCUCGAUAAAGAUCACGGAGUUGCUCUCCAACGACACCGGAGUGUUCCGCUGUGAAGUCAUGCAUGAGAUUGAGGACAGCUCUGACGCUAUUGAGGUCUUUGUCCAAGGUAUUGUUUUCCAUUACCGUGCCAUCACCUCUCGCUAUACCCUGACGUUUGAGAAGGCCAAGGCAGCCUGCGUUCAGAACAGCGCCGUCAUCGCCAGUGCCGAGCAGCUGCAGGCUGCAUACGAUGAAGGAUUUCACCAGUGUGAUGCUGGCUGGCUGGCUGACGAGACUGUCAGGUACCCCAUUCAUGAUCCCAGAGAGCCUUGCUAUGGUGACAAAGAGAACUUCCCUGGAGUGCGGACCUAUGGCAUCAGGAACACCAGCGAGACGUAUGAUGUGUACUGCUUUGCAGAGAAGAUGACAGGGAAAGUGUUUUACUCCAUGUCCCCUGAGAAGUUCACCUUUGUGGAGGCUGAAGCCCAGUGUGAGAGGCUGGGGGCGCGGCUGGCCACCACAGGUGAGCUCUACCUGGCCUGGCAGCAGGGCAUGGAUGUCUGCAACGCCGGUUGGUUAGCUGACCGCAGCGUGCGCUACCCAAUCAACAUUGCUCGGCCACAGUGCGGAGGUGGGCUUUUGGGAGUCCGCACUGUCUACCGAUUCACAAACCAGACGGGCUAUCCCGACCCAGAAUCCCGCUACGAUGCCAUCUGCUAUGAAGAUGAUGGUGAGGAGAGCUCUGGCAUUCCUUUCUUUCCUUUCGGAGGCCAGACCACCACUGAGCCAGGCCUUCUCAGCAUCGCCACAGAAACCCCGGGCCCGGAGGUGUUCAUCAAGGAAGUGACGGAGAGCGAGGUGAAAGUAGGGGAGGUGGUCACGCAUCAGCCCGAGACCACCAAGCCCGUCUGGUGGCCUGUCACUCAAGCACCGCUGUUCCCGCCCCCAGACGUCACCGAGGUGAUCCCGGACCUCGUCCCUGACCUCAUCGUGAAAGCCACGGCUCGGCCUGUGGUGGAGGCGGAGAUUCCACAUGUCAGUUACAGCGGAGCAGUGGGGUCAGGUGUGGUGUUCCACUACCGCCCCGGCUCCAGCCGUUACGCUUUCACCUUCGUGGAGGCCCAGCUGGCGUGCCAGAGCGUGGGUGCCAUCAUGGCAACCUCCGAGCAGCUCCAGACGGCCUACGAGGGGGGAUACCACCAGUGCGACGCUGGCUGGCUCCUUGACCAGACCGUCAGGUAUCCCAUUGUCCGUCCUCGUGAUAAGUGUGCUGGGGACUUGGAGCACCUGCCGGGGGUCAGGUCUUACGGUCUUCGCCCUGCAGACGAGCGCUAUGAUGUCUACUGCCACAUCGGCCAGCUCAAGGGUGAGUUCUUCCAUGUAAGUUCUGCUGAGGGCUUUAGCUAUGACGAGGCGGUCACUGCCUGUCAGGAGAGGAACGCCACGCUGGCCUCCACGGGCCAGCUGUACUCCGCCUGGCGUAACGGUUACGACAGGUGCCGUGCCGGUUGGCUGUCGGACCGCAGUGUGCGUUAUCCAAUCAGCAGCCCCCGUGAGCUGUGCGGUGGAGGAAAGGCCGGCGUCCACACCAUCUACCUGCACGCUAACCAGACCAGCUACCCUGAGCCAAACGCAAGAUUCGAUUGCUUCUGCUUCAAAGCCGAUCAGUUUGCACUUCUCAAUGAGACUGGAAUGAACAUAACAGAAAUUGAAGAAGUACUUAUCAAUGGGACAACAAUUACAGACCUGCUCCGUCCAGUGGUUCCCUCCAUCACUGCUCCCAUUGCUGUGGAGCCCUCAGGCUCUGGUUCUGCAGAACUGCCCUCAGGAUCCGGUUCUGCAGAACUGCCCUCAGGUUCUGGUUCUGCAGAACUGCCCUCAGGAUCCGGUGGCUUCUCUGGUGAGGCGUCAGCCAGUGGAAGUGGCCUGGCUAGUGGUGAAGCCAGUGGUACCAGUGGGUCUGGGUCUGGCACCAGUGGAGAGGCCAGCUGGGGUACCACUGUGGUACCAUCUGGGUCUGGAUCUGGGUCGGGCACUAGUGGAGACUUGUCUGGUUCUGGUUCUGGCUGGAAUGAAGAAGGAUCAGGGUUUGUUGUGACCUUCUCCAGUACUGGGCCCGCUUUGUACGGCGAGAAAUCUGCGUCAGGAAUGGCACAGGAAACUGGACAGGGAAUCCCUGAAGUCUUGACAUUCCCACUGGGAUCUGGAUUUGUCGGUGGAGACAUGGGAUCAGGAAGUGCGUCCGGGUCAGGGUUCAGCUCUGAGGAGAGCGGUUCCUCGUCAGAUGUGUCCAGCGGGUCUUCCUCAGACAUGUCCAGUGGGUCCUCAGGGGAGAGCUGGGAGUCCUCUGGGAUUUCCUCAGCGUCCAGCUCGAGUGAGCAGGACCUGAGUGGAGACACCAGCGCCCACUCGGGCGAUCUUGACGGUAGUGGCACGCGGAUCUUCUUUGUCGGUGGCGGCAGGUAUGUGGAGAUCUCAUCCUCUUCCCCCCGCGUGGAGCAGGAGCUCGGAGGCGCCGGAGUCCAUUUCAGCGGCUCUGGAGACUGGUCCAGCGCCGGGCCUAUCUCUGGGUCCGGGUCCGGUUCCAGCGGUCACUCCGAGGCCUCAGGAGAUGUCAGCGGCUUCCAGAGCGGAGAUGGAAGUGGACUCUCAAGUGGAGAUGUGAGCGGGUCAGGCAGCGGUUCCGGUUUCCCUCGGAUCACUUUGUUUGGCUCGGAGUUCACCGACCGGACAGUCAAGCUGGCAGAAGAGCAGGAGGCAUCUGGCUUCCUGCAGUUCGGUUCUGGCGGUUCUGGCGGUUCUGGCGGUUCCGGCAUGGCGAGCGGCUCUGGAGGAUCGGGUGAUGUCAGCGGGUUCUCCUCAGGAGGUUCUGCCAGCGGGGACGUCAUCCUCCUGACCGACAGCAGCACGGUGGAGGUCAGCGUCCACCCGACAGAGAGCCAGGAGCUCGGGAAGGGCCCGGUGGAGAUCAGCGGAGAUCACAGUGGGCUUUCCUCAGGCAGCAGCGGCAGCAGCAGCUUCGACAGCAGCACUAUCGGCAGCACCAGCGGCAGCAGUGACCCCCACCCCCACGCCUACCACCACACCUCCCCGCCGGGCUCCUCUCCACACCUCGCUGAGCCCCACCCGACCGAGUCCCACCCACCCAGUGAGGUGCUGUACGCCCAGGCCCCUGCCCAGUUUGUGAGCAGGACCUCCUCGCCGGACCAAGCACCGGCCCAGCUGCAGGACAGUGCCGGGGAGCCCUACGCCACCCCUGCCCCUCUGGUGGCCACCACCACCCCAGCCUUCACACUGCAAACACCAGCCGUCGUGGAGAAGCCAGCACUGGACGACAUUGACCCCUGUGACCCGAACCCAUGUGGUGUGGGGACGUGUACCGUCCAGGACGGCGUCGGCCUGUGCCUCUGUCCACCAGGUCGGACGGGGGCAGACUGCCAGCUCGAACUUGACGUGUGCCACUCAAACCCGUGUGCCAACGGCGCCACGUGUGUGGAGCGCGGGGACUCUUUCACAUGCUUAUGCCUGCCCAGCUAUGGAGGGAAGCGCUGCGAGAUUGAUGAGCAGACCUGUGAGGACGGCUGGACUAAGUUCCAGGGCAACUGCUACCUGCACUUUGCCGAGCGCGAGACCUGGGAGGACGCCGAACAGCGCUGCAGGGACCUCAACGCCCACCUGGUCAGCAUCAUCACGCCCGAGGAACAGCACUUUGUCAACUCCCACGCUCAGGACUACCAGUGGAUUGGCCUGAAUGAUAAGACCGUGGAGAAUGACUUCCGCUGGACAGACGGCACUCCUCUGCAAUUCAUCAACUGGAGGCCGAACCAGCCGGACAACUACUUCAACUCCGGAGAGGACUGUGUGGUGAUGAUCUGGCACGAGAACGGCCAGUGGAACGACGUGCCAUGCAACUACCAUCUGCCCUUUACCUGCAAGAGUGGGCCAGUUUUGUGUGGCCCUCCUCCUGAGGUGGAGAAUGCGCGCAUGUAUGGGAACAAGAAGGACCGCUACCAGGUGAACUCCAUCAUCAGGUACCAGUGCAACGAGGGCUUCGUCCAGCGGCGCCCCCCAGUGGUCCGCUGCCUGCAUGACGGCCAGUGGGAGAAACCCCAGGUGGAAUGCAGAAUGUCCAACUCCACCCUCAGGCUGAGGAAAAGAUCCACCAGGACUCGAUCGCAAGCGGCACACAACAGAUCCAGCUAAGCAGCCAGGAGAGGACCCUCUCGAGAGAUUUUAACAUAUAGUUAUUUUAUAACAAUUAUUUUCUAUAAAUAAAUGACUCUUAAGAAAAAAACCAAGCAACCAAAGUGGCCAUUUUGUACGGUUUAAACGCUGAGGACACCAAAGAUAGCAAUGAUUUGAAUCCAUUGUCUAUCUGCUUGAACGCAUGGAUUAAAAUAUCACCUUGUGACUUUGACUAUUUAAAAAGGGAACAUUUAUUUAAGAUUCUAUUGGUUUUAUUUUUGUUUAUUUUUUUAUUUUUGUUAUUAUCCCUAAUACAUGGUUGGGGUGUUUCAUGAGGCAGGCUGUCGUAGUUGUUGGCCCGCAAACUGAAAUAAAUGGCUCCAUCAUAGCACAUAGUCAUAGUUGACAUAGACAUGGAAACACAUAGUCAUAGUUGACAGAGACAUGGAAAAUCCUAUUUAAAUCCUAUUUAAUAUGUACCAGUGCUGCUGUGUGCUCUGCCAACAAAGCUGCUGGGCGUCAGAACACAACUAUAUUUAACACUCCAGAGAGCUAAACAUAGCAAUAAAUAUUGCAGUGGUAUUAAUAUAGGCAACGUACAUGUAAAAGUAUUUUUACACAGUGUGUAACAAAUUUAGUAAAACUUAUGUGUGAUCAGUGAGGACAGUGAUCUUAGCAUAGAAUUAUACCCCAGUGUGGCAUCUCUGAAUUAAAGUGGAAGUUUUGUGUUUUACAACCUGGGGUCAAUUUUUGGAUAACAACAAGUCUAUUUUUUUUGUUUGGGACCAAACGUCAA